CUCCAGAGCGAGCUCCUGUUCACAAAGACCAUAGAAUAACACUCCUUCUAUGCUUGCUCCGCCUAGACAGACUCCCUACGCCAAUAUUUGAUCGCCCAUAGUCUAACAGGGCACAACACGGGACAUUAACUGAAGCCCAAUAUCGACCUGUCUGUCUCGCGAAAACACGCAAAUCCUCCCGAAAGCCCAGUUUUUGUUCUUUAGGGCUGCGAAAACUCCUUCGCCAUGACUUCGUUCAUCACAACAAUUAACUCACGAACGAGAGCGCCGUUCCGACCUCAAAAGGCUGGCAAAGGGACAACGAAUUGGCAAUUGAGACAGUUCGCCGAGGCAACGCUUGGUAGUGGGAGCCUAAGGAAGGCUGUCAAGCUACCAGAGGGUGAGGACAAAGACGAAUGGCUUGCAGUCAAUUGCGUCGACUUCUACAACCAGAUUAAUUUGCUCUAUGGAUCCAUCACUGAGUUUUGCAGUCCUCAGAGCUGCCCUGAAAUGAAGGCCACAGAUGAGUUCGAAUAUCUCUGGCAGGAUGAUGAGACCUAUAAGAAGCCCACAAAGAUGCCUGCGCCUGAGUACGUCGAGCAUCUCAUGUCGUGGGUGCAAGCAACCAUCGACAACGAAACCAUCUUCCCUUCGCGCAUCGGCGUCCCCUUCCCCAAGUCCUUCCGCCCUCGUCUUAAUCAAAUUUUCAAGCGCAUGUACCGUGUAUACGCACAUAUAUACUGCCACCAUUACCCAAUUAUUGUGGCGCUGGGUCUGGAGCCGCACCUCAACACCAGCUUCAAACACUAUGUGCUUUUUAUUGAGGAGUUCGGUUUGGCUCAGGGUCAGAGGGAUUACUGGGGCCCAAUGGGCGAGCUUGUGGAGAACAUGUUGAAGAGCGACUGAGAAGGGCUGAAGCUGUGGUUUUCCUAAAUAUAGACGAUGUGUUACGUACGUGAGCUGUGAGUAGUAGGGGUUGGGCACACUAACAAGAAGGGCAUGGCGUUUUGGGGUGUGGACAUCUUCAAGCGUUGGCUUGUACCAGUACGAGAAUUUGCACGGGAAUAUGCGAGAUGGCAUUGUAGUAUGGUUCGGUCCGCUUGUGAUGACUACGGCGAAUUGUGAUACCAAACUCAGAGGAUCAGGUCUCAGGGGAAUUUUAGACGGUUUUGCGAAGCUAGUCUGCUGCUAUGGCUAUAAAUCUCACGCGAAACGAGUCUUAUGCUUCCCAUAUUAGAUAUGGUGUCAAUAAAGAGCUUAGCUGAGGCUCGUCCUCUUGCAAAGGCAACCGUGGGUAUUUAGUACAUCUCUUUAAUAUCACCAGGUUAACCUUCACCCGGCUCUCACUCUCGGAGAUUCCUAUCGCAGGACAACAAAGCCGAAUGCAUAUAAUCAUCCUCCCGUCGGCCAGUGGUCCAGAAUCGUAUGCUUAGGCUUGGGAUCAAUG